UAAUAAAUAUACAGAUCAUCUAACGCUCCGGUGUGUGCUGCGCGUUUCACCAGGGCCGCGCUGGAUGAUGGGAGGAGAGUGAUGAUGAUGGUGAUGAUGAUGAUGAUGGUGAUGACGCCCCGCUGAUACACAGACUGCUGCUGGUGGAUGUGAGGAUUAUCCAGGAGGAGGAGGAGGCAGCAUCAUCCGGAGAGGAGGAGGAGGCUGCUGAAUACAUCCGAAAUAAGGAGCAGAAACAGGAGCUGCUGCUGGAUGAUUUUCUUAUUUUUCUGCUCAUUGAGGACACCUGGACGCACACAGGCCGGAGUGAGGGGCCUUCAGGACAUGUGUAUCCAACAGAACUGACCGAGGAGCCCGGUUUGUUAUGCAAUCAGCCUUAUUUCAGUCCUUAAAGCGCGCACUGUUUGUGUUCCAGGGUUGGCGGGGGGGUCGUAGGGCUGCUGGGAGCGCGUGUGGAGCGGUAUAGUUGGACCUUACUGGACGCGUGGUUGGAUCUGCAGGACUGAAGAUGUCGGGACAGACCCUGACGGACCGCAUCGCGGCGGCUCAGUACAGCCUGACGGGAUCCGAGGUGUCCCGGGCCGUGUGUAAGGCCACCACACACGAACAGACCGCCCCCAAGAAGAAACACCUGGAGUACCUGAUCCAGGCCACCCAGGACACCAACGUGAACAUCCCCCAGAUGGCUGACACGCUGCUGGAGAGGGUGGGCAACGCCAGCUGGGUGGUGGUUUUCAAAGCGCUGAUCACCACACACCACCUGAUGGUGCAAGGCAACGAGAGAUUCCUCCAGUUCCUGGCAUCUAGGAACACCCUGUUUAACCUCAGCAACUUCCUGGACAAAACUGGCUCUCAUGGCUACGACAUGUCCACAUUUAUCAGACGCUACAGCCGAUAUCUCAACGAGAAGGCCUUCGCCUACAGACAGAUGUCUUUCGACUUUAACCGAGUCAAAAAAGGAGCUGAAGGAGCUAUGAGGACCAUGUCAGUGGAGAAGCUGUUGAAAGGAAUGCCCACCCUGCAGAGCCAGAUUGAUGCRCUGCUGGAUUUUGAUGUUCAUCAAAAGGACCUGAACAAUGGGGUGAUAAACGCCUGCUUUCUCCUGCUCUUCAAGGAUCUGAUCAAGCUGUAUGCCUGCUACAAUGAUGGCAUCAUCAAUCUUCUAGAAAAGUUUUUCCAGAUGAAGAGGAGCCAGUGUAAAGAUGGGCUCGAGAUCUACAAGAGAUUCCUGACGAGAAUGACUCGAGUUUCUGAAUUCUUUAAAAUUGCUGAGCAAGUGGGGAUAGAUAAAAAUGACAUUCCUGAGCUUACACAGGCCCCAGAAAGUCUUCUGGAGUCUUUGGAGACGCACCUCAACACUCUGGAGGGGAAAAAGCCAGAAGACAAGUCGCCCACUAAGCAGGAAGCCACAGCCAACAACAGCACUCCGGCUGCUGCCGCAGCUCCAGCCAAGCCUGCGCCUCCCGCUGCAGCCGGCGGCCCACCAGCUCGGCCCGGGCCGCCGGCCAAACCCCCUCCACCCUCUGUCGCUCCAACCGCCCCCGCCCGUGCCAGCACCACCGUAACCACUCCCGCCGCUACCAGCAAUGCUCUCGAUGACGGCUUCCUGUUGGAUCUGGACCCCAUGUCGUCCUCUUCGGCAGGGCGUACUGCAACAGCCUCCUCCACCACUGGAUGGGGAGAUCUUUUAGCAGGGGCUGCUCCAGCUGCUGCUGCUGGAGCCUCUGAAUCCAUCAAGGCGGAUGGAGAGUCUGCUUCUGCUGCUGCUACCGCUGCGCCUGCACCCGCCCCCGCUGCUGCAGCUGCACCAGCACCCACCUCGCUGCCCAUCUCUGCUCCUAUCGCCACCGCAGCCACAGACAUCGACCUUUUCGGAGAUGCGUUUGCACCCUCCCCAGGAGACGGUCCUGCUGCCGCGGCUGCGGGUCCCGCUGCUGAUGCGUUUGGUGGAUCUGACCCCUUCGCUACGACUGAGGGAAGUGCAGACAUUGCUCCAGAGCUGGACCUGUUCGCAAUGAGGCCUGCCAAGACAGAGGCCAAUACCACCAUCACUCCUUCCACCUCUAGCGAAGCGCCGACCACCAUCGCUUCCAUCGCUGCUCCUGCUGCCCCUGCCCCUCCUUCCACCACUACUACUACCACAACCACCACCGACGCCACCACCAUAGAGUCUGCAGCUGCCCCGACUCUAGAUAUCUUUGGUGAUAUGUUUGAUUCUAUGCCUGAGCAAAGCCCCACCACAGAAUCCAAAGCUGCUACCACUCCUAGCGUAGACCUUUUUGGUUCAGACCUUCCUGCUGUUUCACGCGGGCCCUCUCCGUUGCCCGAGCCGACUCCAGUUGGAGACAUUGUGACGGAUACRUUUUCAUCUCCAGCUCCCACUACAGCUCCUGCUCCAACUUCUCCUCCAGUACUAGAGGCCUCGUCUCCACCGGAGCCAGAACCAGUACCRGAGCCAGUCAUUGAUCUGUUAGACACCUUCAGUGGUCCUGUGGAGGCGACACAGAGCUCUGCUCCUGGAGGACCAGGAGGCGACCUGCUGGGAGGCCUGAUCUCCCCCACUCUUGCUCCCGCCGCCCCGACCCUGGCUCCGGUGCAGAAUAACCUCCUGGGGACAGGUUUUGACGUUUUGGGUUCACUUUCGUCCUCAACACCACCGGUCUCUGUGGUUGUUCCUGGAGCGCCAGCUUCAGCACCAGGAACAGAACCUGCAUCCUCCACACCAGCGCCCUCUGGUGGCUUUGAUGCCUCUAUGUUUGAUGGAUUAGGUGACCUGCUGAUGCCCGCUGUAACGCCUCAGAGCACCGGGGGCAGCACAGCUGGGAGCACAGCUGGCAGCAUGGGGACUCCGGUCGCAGCCGGAGGAGUACCCCUCAUCCCCCCUGCCGCCCCGCCCCCCACCAAAACCAUCGGAGGAGAUCUGGACUCGUCACUGGCCAAUCUCGUYGGAGACCUUGGAAUGAAGAAAAAGGACCCAAUGAGUGAGAAGAAAUUGACAGGAGGAGCCAACUGGACUCCACAGGUGGCCCCAACAAGCUGGGGAACCCCCGGAGCCCCCAUGGCUGCUGCAGCCCCAGGAGCUCCAGGAGCAGCUCCACCUGGUGCAGCUAUGGUUCCACCAAUGGGAGCACAGCCUGGUUUUGGCAUGCCUCCUGCAGGAGGACCUGGAGCACCAAUCAUCCCACCCAUGAUGGGGCAGCCUCUGAUGGGGCAGCCCAUGAUGAGGCCUCCCUUCAUUGGGGUGGCUGGAGCUACACCAGGAGCUGCUGCACCUGGAGCACCGAUUUCUCCUGGACCUGCAGGUCAAAGCCCCAAGAAGCCCAAGGACCCUCUGGCAGAACUGAACCUCAAGGACUUCUUAUAAUGRUCCAGCAGUGUACCUCUUUGGAUCCGAAGCCUCUCAACUUCUUUGCCUGGUGUCUGUCAACAUCUCAGGAUGCCAGCGACGACGUUCAGAUAGUUUAUUUGGUUUUCAUCUCCGCCCGUCCACACAUCCCCACCCCUCCCUCCUGUGUGAUGUUGUAGCACAAACUGUGAAAGUGAACCAUAGUGGAUAAUAAACAAAUAUAUGAGAGAGAGAAAAAUACCCAUGCCUGUGCUUAUGUCGAUGUACUAAUCCUUUUCUUUUGUCUAAACAAAAUCACACAAAACUCUGAAAAAAAAAAAACUUAAUAAAUAAAUCCAAAAAUGGGAGCGAACGGGACAAAAUAUGUGUUUAGAUUAAUUUACUUUGCUGAGUUGAAUGAUUGAUGUGCUUUGGUGUCCUAAGCUUUGCCCACAACCCCUCAUCAUUGUCUCCGCCUCCUUCUGAUGGGGGAGGGGCUCUUCUUUGUCCUGAUUAGAGAGCGGUUAAAAACAGUAGAUUUAUUUGGAGACUUUGCGUGGUGUUUACAGAAGAGUCCUCUUUAAUGUACAUAGAUUUCUCUGGUGAGGAUUUGAUGUCUUUAUUCUGUACGUCUGUUGAAGAGAAAUAUAAAUGUGAUUCAGACAUGAAACUGUAAGAA